GCUCUGUUUUCUGUCUCUCUAAACAGGUCUUCACACAAUGAACUAGAAAAACACAGACGAGCCAAGCUCAGGCUCUACCUAGAGCAGCUGAAGCAGCUGGUGCCCCUGGGCCCCGACAGCACCCGCCACACCACACUGAGCCUCCUGAAGCGCGCCAAGACGCACAUCAAGAAACUGGAGGAGCAGGACCGCAGGGCGCUGAGCAUCAAGGAGCAGCUGCAGCGCCAACACCGCUUCCUGAAGCGGCGCCUGGAGCAGCUGUCGGUGCAGAGCUUGGAGCGCGUGCGCACAGACAGCACAGGCUCUGCCGUCUCCACGGACGACUCGGAGCAAGAAGUGGACGUGGAGGGCAUGGAGUUCGGCCCCGGCGAGCUGGAUAGCGUUGGCAGCAGCAGUGACGUGGAUGACCACUACAGCCUGCAGAGCGACGGCG